AUGUAUCACGCUGAGAGUUUUGCGAAUGCGCACUUUCAGACGUAUUUGGUGGGCUAUUCAGGCUCGAAACCAAUACCCUCGUUGGAGCGAUUGAACGUGGAAUUUGUCCACCUUGCUGAGACGCCAAGUCUGUUCAAGGGACUCCCAUUCCUUCUACUUGCACCUAUCAAAAUCGUUGUUCAAGUUUGCACGAUUCUGAAUGCCUUACUACGUGCCAUCCCACAUCCGCCGGAGUACAUUAUCGUGCAGAACCCUCCAAGUAUCCCUACUCUCGCGCUAGUGCAGCUUGUCUGCAAACUUCGGGGUAGCAAGCUUAUUAUUGAUUGGCAUAACCUUGGAUAUAGUAUCCUAGCACUGAAACUAGGCGAAAAGCAUAUUCUCGUAAAAAUUGCUAAGAAGUUUGAGAAGUUCUUUGGCCGAUCAGCGCACAUACAUCUUUUCGUAACUAAAGUGAUGCUGGAUCAUCUAGCCAAGGAAUGGGAGUUGCAGGGGACUAAGACUGUCCUACAUGACCGACCGCCGUCCUAUUUUAAACGUGCUGAAGUCUUCGAGAGUCAUGAUCUUUUCAACAAAUUAACACCCUCACUCUCCUCCCACACCCUCACCCAAUUCUUCCCAAAAUACACCUCUCCACGCUCAACGCCCUUCACUCAACUCUCCACACAGCCACACGCUUCAUUCGAUCCACUCACAUUCGACUCCGAGCUCUCUAAUCCAUCCUCUCCCGGGUCAACGUUCGCGACUUUACGAGCUGACCGUCCAGCACUUGUCGUAAGCUCAACGUCAUGGACGCCCGACGAAGAUUUCGGGUUACUCCUCGAUGCGUUGACGGAAUACGAGAAAUGCGCCAGAGAAAUAAAUUCUUCGGCUGACUCGAAGAAGAAGUUACCGAAGUUAUUGGCUAUCGUCACUGGCAAAGGUCCUCAAAAAGAAUUCUAUAUGAAUGAAGUUAUGCGAAGGGAGAGAGAGGAGGGAUGGAGGUGGGUGAGGUGUAGGAGUUUGUGGUUGGAGGCGGAGGAUUACCCUAUUUUACUAGGCUCUGCAGAUCUUGGUGUUUGUCUACACUCGAGUUCCUCGAAUUUGGACCUUCCAAUGAAAGUAGUUGAUAUGUUCGGAUGUGGACUACCCGUCUGUGCACUCGACUUUCCUUGUCUAUCCGAACUCGUCAAAAGCGGUCAAAACGGACACACCUUCCGAACUUCCUCUGAACUCACCAACCAACUCGCCGACCUCCUGUUAGGGUUCCCAGAUGCCCAGGGCCUCGCGAACUUGCGUGCGUCGUUCACGCGUAGUAUGACGUCCUCGACAGGGAGCUCCGAAUACAGACAUCAUGAACAUCACCAUUCUCAUCAUUAUCAAGAUCGCGAGGAGGAAGAGCUGGGAUGGUGCUCGUGGAGUGAGAAUUGGAACUGCGUGUUGAAGCCUCUUGUUUUGAGUGAUGUUGAGAGGGAGGAGACGCAAAUGCGUUAA